AUGGAGAUAAGUAGGAAGGAAGAUGCAGAUAUUAAGACACCUGUCAAUGAGGUCUUGAGGGAGAUAAGUAGGAAGGAAGAUGCAGAUAUUAAGACACCUGUCAAUGAGGUCUCGAUGGAGAUAGGUAGGAAGGAAAAGGCAGAUAUUAAGACACCUGUCAAUGAGGCCUCGAUGGAGAUAAGAAGGAAGAAAAAUGCAGAUAUUAAGACACCUGUCAAUGAUGCCUCGAUGGAGAUAAGUAGGAAGGAAGAUGCAGAUAUUAAUACACCUGUCAAUGAGGCCUCGAUGGAGAUAAGUAGGAAGGAAGAUGCAGAUAUUAAGACACCUGUCAAUGAGGUCUCGAUGGAGAUAAGUAGGAAGGAAGAUACAGAUAUUAAGACACAUGUCAAUGAGGUCUCGAUGGAGAUAAGUAGGAAGGAAGAUGCAGAUAUUAAGACACCUGUCAAUGAGACCUCGAUGGAGAUAAGUAGGAAGGAAUAUGCAGAUAUUAAGACACCUGUCAAUGAAGCCUCGAUGGAGAUAAGUAGGAAGGAAGAUGCAGAUAUUAAGACACCUGUUGAUGAGGUCUUGAGGGAGAUAAGUAGGAAGGAAGAUGCAGAUAUUAAGACACCUGUCAAUGAGGCCUCGAUGGAGAUAAGUAGGAAGGAAGAUGCAGAUAUUAAGACACCUGUCAAUGAGGUCCUGAGGAGAUAA